AGAGAUGUUCGCCUUGUUAAUGUCGCAGCAGCUCGUAUAUAUAGCUCGUCAUUAAUAUCGAAUACGCGAUAUCCUUAUGCAUUUCUCACGCAUCUCUCCUCAGCGAUGGAUUUUCAUUUCGGUCUAAUUGUGAUCUUUUUGAUCAUUGAUGUGGCAUCCGUCCGAUCUACCGAUAAUGGUUCUCCGAAGAAAAAAAGGAACUCAGAUGAAAUUCUACUCAAUUUGGACAUUACAACCGAUCCUGUCCUUCAAUGGUUUAGAAAUCCCAAUAUCCAAAACAAUUUUUUUCUACAAUGGUUAAACACCAAUGAAAAUAAAUUCUUGUUAAAUGCCUUUGCAUCACAAGCUUCCAGUAUAGCCUUUCAUGGCUCUUCGAAGAGGAUUUCAAACCAAGGUUACGUGAGAUCGGGCAACACAGCUAAUUCUUAUUUCCAAUCGGCCACGAAUCGUCAAACUCAAACUAAUUAUUUCCUGCCUUCGUCAUACGACAACGACAAUAUAUUCUUUCCUAAUGAUGAUUAUAAUCCCUCUCCUAAUAAUUAUGGAAAUUUUUUCUCGACUCCUAAAACCGAUUUAAAGAAUACAGAAUUUUCUGGUUCACUAAGACCUGUCACGCAAACAUCUUACACACCGUAUCGUACUCCAGCAUCUAAUACACCAAUACCAAUAUUUAAUACACCAGCAGAUAAUGAUUUUACAACAUCUCGUACGACAACUCCUCCUAAACUUCAUCCUCCACUCUCAUCAUUGAAAGAAUCGUCACCUCUCAAUGUUAAUCCAGCGGAAAGGAUAUCGCAACGUAAAUGCGAGGAAUAUACGGAAGAAAUUUUGGACACAGUUUACAAAUAUGGGAUUAAUUUUACGACGGGCGUAACCGAAGUGAUCGAUACCUGUCGUGGAUUUAUAAGACACUUCUUGGUCAAUGGCAUAGACGUAAUUGAUGAGGGUGAGUUCACUCACAUGGUGGCCCUGGGCACCGGCUCUACUACCGACUUCUCCCUGAUGUGCGGCGGCACGUUGAUUUCACAUACCUGGGUACUUACCGCUGCGCACUGCACUUAUGGACCAAACGGCGGUCCAACUGUCGCAAGGAUAGGUUUCCGCAAUUUGACGGGCAAUACAGGCUUCGGCACCACAGUUCUCGUGAAAAAUAUAAUAAGUCAUCCGGAUUUUAAUCCACCUGCGUUGUAUGCGGACAUAGCUCUUGUGCAGCUGACGGACGCUGUCACGUUUAACUCAGCCAUACGACCCGCGUGUCUUUAUCACGAAUACGAUAUCUUGCCUAAAAAUACUUUGGUUUGGGUUAGCGGCUGGGGCGUCACGGAAUUUGCCGGAGACCCGAACAACCGGUUGCAGAAGGCCUCGCUGGAUCUAAUAGACAAUGCGUCAUGUGCAAAACGACACAAUAGUUCGAUAGAAGUUCCGUACGGUAUCACAUCGAAUAUGAUUUGCGCUGGAGAUAUAAGAAAUAACUGGUCCACGGAUACUUGCCAAGGAGAUUCCGGUGGUCCUCUGCAAAUAAAACAUACUGAAAGCAAAUGCCUCUACAAAGUAAUCGGUAUCACCAGCUUCGGUCAGGGUUGCGCGAUGAUCGAUGUUCCUGGUGUUUAUACCAGAGUGUCUGAAUAUCUUUCGUGGAUAGAAAGUAUCGUCUGGCCGCAAAAAUAAUUGCAAUUUAUUCGAUUUUUACAAAGGAUACAAAAAAAUAUCCUUCAUUAAUUUGGCUAAGUUAAAAUCUCUUACAUAAUUAUCAGUUAAUUAUUAAACUUUUCAGUCAAAUUAAUAGACUGAGAAUUUUUAUGAUAUUUAGAAAUUUUUCUCCAUUCAUUUUGCAACGUGAUAUUCAUUUACUAUGUAAGAAUAAUUUUAUAAUUUCAGAAAAGUUCACUUGCUCCAAUUAUUGCCUGUCGAGAGAAUAAGACCGUGGUAUUAACCGUAUUAACUGUGGUAAUAUUGUUAAACAGUUUGUUCUGACUAAAAUAUUGGAACGUAAAAAUGAAUUUAAAAAAUCGUGAGAAGAUAUAAAUUACAGUAUGUAGGACUGAUAUUGAUCUCCUAAAAUUAAAUUAAAAAAUUUUAUUUUAAUGGACAGUUAGCUACGUUAAUCUGCUGUAAACAUAAUCUGGUCUAUUAUUUCGAGCUGUUACAUUUUCUGUAAGACACAAUCAGAAUUUUAUUUGUUGUUAAUUUCGGAGACUAUAUGUAAGUCAAAAGCACGUAAUAUAUUGGAUCUCUGGACUUUUUUGAAGUUAUAAUCUAUGUACUAAUAACUAGGCAAUAGAAUGACGUUA